AUGAAUGUUGACAGUCUUAAACUUAACUACGUUGUUUUCUCAUGCAACGUUGUUGAUGCACACCAAACAGAGCUUCAUAUCCCAUAUAAACUUCGUCAAGAGAAAGGCGAAAGUAUCAAUAAUGAUUUUUCUAACAAAGUCACAUCAACACGAUUUGUUGGUCGUGGUGGUGGUGCUAUUGGAUUCUCUUCUGAUGACAAGAAAGGAAAUCUCAUUAAUGGUGCUCAAACAUAUGAAAAGCGACAUUUUGAAACACAUCACUGUUGUUUCUACAAAGACACAUCAACAUACACCGGCCAAACAUUCGGUGAUGGUGCAGCACACGAGAUCUUAAUUGAUGGAUACACGGAAUUCAUUUCAUAUGAUGAUUACAUAUAUAACUUCAAUCCUAAUGAACUUCCAUCACAAUCAGUUUCACAAGUUGUUCGCACAUGGCUUGAAGACGUCACAAGUAUGGUUUUUCUUGGCAAUCGAUUCAACUCAGAUCCAAACACAAUUGAUCUUUGUUCAGGCAAAGAAGACAAAGAAUUGACAUAUCCAACAUCUAUUUCAUAUUCUUACGCGACUAUUUCUAACGUCGGUGAUAGCACAACAAGUAAUGUUGCAUCACCAACCGAAUACACAUAUGUUGCAACCGCUAUCACAAAACUUCCACAAAAGACAGCAGGCUCACAAACUAAAUAUAGUUCAGCUAAACUGAGGAUUGAUUCACCGACAAGUUAUUUCAAUCCAUCAUUUGUUUCAUUCACUAUCCCACCAGCAACACCACACAGCACAGCUCAUUCAACACCACAUUCAACAGCACAUUCAACACCACACAGCACUUUCCACUCUACACCACACUCAACAGCAUUUAGUACAGCACACUCAACUCCACAUUCUACAGCACAUUCCACUCCAUUUAGUACUGGCCACUCGACAUCACACAGUACAUUCCAUUCUACACCACAUUCCACAGCUCAUUCAACACCACAUAGUACAUUCCACAGUACUCCACAUUCUACUCCUCACAGUACAUUCCACUCCACACCUCACUCAACAGCACACUCUACUCCUCAUAGUACACCACAUUCCACAGCUCAUUCCACUCCUCACAGCACUUUCCAUAUUACUCCUUUCAAGACAGCAUUUUCUACACCACAUAGCACAGCAUUUAGUACAGCACACUCAACUCCUCACAGUACAGCACAUUCAACAGCAUUUAGUACACCACACUCAACUCCACACAGUACAGCAUUUGUCACAGCAUUUUCUACACCACAUAGCACAGCACACAAAACUCCUUUCGACACUAUGUCAUCAACUCCAUUUAGUACAGCAUUCGAAACAGUUUAUUCUACACCAUUCAUCACAACACAUCAAGCACCAUACAACACAGUUCACAGAACACCCGAUUUAACAGCUGUUUCUAUUUCUAAAGAAGAACUACCACCUACACCAGCUGCUACAUCUGCUCUCAAAAUCGAAGGAAGCACCACAACUAAGAAACGAAGUAUCUGGCCAAUCAUUGUUGGUGUUAUCUGCGGAUUACUUCUUCUUUCUCUUAUUAUCUUCUUCAUCCUAUUCAAGCGUCGGAAAGAAGACAGUGACACACAAGAGAUAUCGGACGAAUCAUUGAAGAGUGCAUCAGAAGAAACGAAGAUGGAAACAUAUAUUGACACGAACAUCAUGGUCACUACAGAGAAUCCAAUUUGGACACAUACUCUGGAAGAAAAUGAUCCAUUUGAUCUUGAUUUUGAAGAAAAAGAAUGUCCAGAAUCAUUCAUGGCACAAAAUGACCAUCUUAACUACCAAGAAUCAAAGUUCCCAACGGAACAUUAA